GAGAGGGGGGUGGAGGGAUGUUUUGAUUGAUAUCACGAGACAAUUAAUAAGUUUGAUCAUUGAGGCGUCAGUGCGCAGCAUGUUGAGCGGGUUGGUGGUGGUGGUGGUGGCGGUGUUUGUGGCGGGGACAGACGCCGAGUCUUUGUUACAUGAAGGCGGCGCCGACCAUGUGCGGCAGGUGGUGGGAGAUGUGGCCGCCAUGCACCUCCCCCUGGCCGUGUCUCCCUCCAGCCCCUGCGGAAGGGCCCUGGGGGAGAUGGCCACAGCCCUGUUGUCCAACUUUUCAUCCUCUACCAUGUGGGCCAAGUACAUGGUUGACUCGUGGGGCAAGACUUCGGACGGUUUGUACCUGAGCAAUCCUUUUUCCGGCUUCUAUGAUGAGUGUGUCACCGCCGCCUCACCUCACAACAAAAUCAGGGGCAAAUUCUGCAGGAUUAUCUUACUAGAAAUCACAGAGGAUGAAGAGGGCUGGAGCAGAGACGCAGGGACACCCACACCACCAGACACAGACCCAGCCGCUGAGUACCUUGACUUCCUCCGCCAACACGUUGGCAAGGCAGACCUGGCGCUGCUGGGGAGCCUGGCACGGGAGCCUCGGAUGGGUGCACUGCCUGCGGUGAUGCCUUAUGGGAAUAUGAUAUACGACACGUGUAUGCCGGAUGUGUGCACUAAGGAGGAGCUGCAGAACAGCCUCCUUGGAGUGUUGCCGCUGCAUGGAGUCUACCCGUCUGUGCUGUCAUGUGGUGUGUACGAUGAACGAGUGGAAUUCACUGAUGCGGAUGUUGGAUUCAUGGCUCUGGUGAGCUUCCUGCUUGGCCUGGUGGUCUGUGCUUCAGUGGUGGACGUCAUCUAUGUACACUACACCGACGACCAACACCUGGCCAAAGGUGUGCUUCGUUACCUGCUGGUGUUCUCCGCCUACACCAACCUGGCCAAGAUACUCCAGGUGAAUCCCAAGGCCACUCCAGGGAACAUCACCUGCCUGCAUGCGAUGAGAACACUCUCAAUGUUGUGGGUGAUUUGGUGUCACCAGCAGACUACACCUUUUUUCAAUAUGGGUAAUUUUGUACUAUUUAUAAAGAGCUUCCAGAACAUCCUGAGCCAGACAAUUAUGAACGGCUAUCCCAGUGUGGACACUUUCUUCUUUCUGAGUGGGCUGCUCGUCACCUACAGUUUGUUGAAGCAGGCCAAGAAGACCAACAUCUUCAAUCUGCCUCUCUUCUAUGUGCACAGAUACGUAAGGCUGGUGUUCCCCAUCGCUCUGACGGUGGGUCUGUUUGCCACUGUGAUGCGAUUCGUGGUGACUGGUCCCUUGAAGUUCAUAUGGGAUAAUAUAUUGUAUGUCUACUGUCAGGACUACUGGUGGAGGGACCUGAUCUUUGUCGACAACCUCUACUUUGGGGAUCGUGUGGUGAGUGUUGGUGGUGGUGGUGGUGGUGGUAGUAUAGGUGUUAUGACUAAUAGGUUCCUAGAAGCUCAAAUAUUUUCAUGUUUCAGUUCUAUUAAUUUACAGAUCACCAUGGAAAUUUUUAUUUAUAUUCACCUGAUGUUUUUUUUCAAUAUCAUUAUUUUUAGUAGUUGAUGCAGUCAUUGUGCAAGAAUGCAGACAAUAUCAAAGACUCAAAUUCAUAAACAGCUGU